AUGUUCACACGCACCAUCGUCGCCGCAGCGGCUUCUGCCUGGCUUGUUGGCGCUCAGAGUUCGAAUUCGGAACAUACACAUGCUGCUUUCGCUUUCGUUCGAACAGGAGAGAGAACACCUCGUCUACGCAAUGAUACCCAAACUCUUACCACUGUCGGCGCAAACCAAAUGCAUGCGCUUGGACAACAGCUCAGAAAAAAAUACGUUGCUGGUACCGCGUCUAUUGCGGGACUGUCAAAGGACACUCUGGAUAACGAUCAGAUAUGGGUUCAAACGCUGGAUACGCCAUACCUCGUAUCGUCUGCCCAAGCUUUCAUGCAAGGGCUCUACCCACCACAUGACAUGAACAACGCAACGGGAGUGCUUGCAGACGGCACUUCUAUCGAUUACCCACUAAACGGGUAUCAGUACGCUAGCAUACACGCUGCUAGCCCCAACGACCCGUAUUCGAGACUCGUAUCUGGAGCCCAAUCCUGCCCCAAAGGACAGUCAGACGGACUGAAGUAUUUCACUACCUCGGAGUUUAAGGCGACACUAGCGGCCAAUGAGGAUCUGUACAAAAAGCUGGAUCUGGAUUGGUUUGAAGGCUACGCAGAGCAAGAUGAACUGGAAUACACCUUCGCACUUGAACUAGCAGAUUACUUAUCAUACCAAUACUCGCACAACUCCAGCAUCUACAGAACCUUGGCAAACGACUCUGAUUACACGGGUGUAUACGACAAGCUGCGAUACGACGCCAACGAAGUAGCUUGGUAUCUCUACGGUAACACAACCGCAUCUACCACAGACUCCGAUAACCGAGCUAUCGGCGGCAAAACCCUUGCAGGCUCGAUCCUUCAUUCAUUCGAUCAGCUCCUCCCAGAAAAGACGAACAGCGAUAGCUUGGUCAAUAGCGCUGGUCAGGCCAAUAAGCCCAGUCCGCUUACUUUCUUCUUCGGCGAACAGGACGCCAUGAUAAGCCUCAUGUCACUCAUGAUGCUCGACUCCCAAUCAUCAGACUUCAAAUCCAUUCCCCCCUACGGCUCAGCCAUGAUCUUUGAGCUCUUCAGCACAGGCGAUAGUGCGGAGAUGCCAAGUGACCCGAACGACCUCUGGGUACGCUUCUACUUCCACAACGGAACAGAUGCUGAAACCGAGCCGCUCCGAUCUUACUCCAUGUUUAACAGUGGAAAAUCCAUGACAGAUAUGCCAUUUGGGGAAUUUCACACUAUAUUCAGCAGUAUCGGUAUGCAAGGACUGAGUGAGUGGUGUACCAGCUGCAGCAGUCCGAGUCUUUUCUGCUUGGGCGCAGAUGGAAGCGGUGUUACACUCGUAGUCCCCGCACCACAAGAGCGCCAGAAGAAACAUGCCAUCUCCCCUGUCGUCGGAGGUGUCAUCGGCGCAGUGGUGUCCCUCGUCGUCGCGGGUUUACUUUUCGCAAUUGCCAUGUUACUCGCUGGCAUCCGUUUCCACCGCGUCGAGCAACGCCUAGGCAACAACCAAAAAUCCGAUCUUGGCGGCUUCAAAGGCUCAGCAAAGUUGGCGUCAGACCCCGAUGUCAGUCUGUCGAGGAACGGGGCGCUGCCUGCCACUGCUACUGCGGGUAUCGUUAGCUUUGGAGGAGAUCACAAGAGAGGGCAUGAGAGGGUUGGGAGCUGGGAACUCAGGCAGAAGGAGUUUGGUAAGGAUAUUGGGGAUUCGAGCCCGAGGAGCAGUUUUGACGCGAUUGAUGCUGUUGCUACGAGAACGGUUGAGCCGCAUGAUCGUGUAUGA